GCGUAGAAAUUACGUUGCCUGAGUCGCCUUAAUCUGAUCAGUCCUCUUCUCUAUAACUGCUCCCACCCCUGAUUCCUCAAUCUUUAUCGGUCACCUACUUCCUCGCAUAUUCCACUUCCUCCAACACUUCAAUUCCUCGAUCAACGAUCUUGUGCAAGAAGUAUACACAGCAUGCGUUUUUUUGGCAGUAUCUUGACUGUUCUGGCUACGGCUGCAGUCGCGGUCACGGCGAGCAACGUCAUCGAGGUUAACGACAAAGAUUUCGACAAAGUCGUUCUCAAUAGCGGCGUCCCGUCCCUUGUUGAGUUUUAUGCGACAUGGUGCGGCCACUGCAAGAACACAGCUCCGAUCUAUGAGCAGCUUGCUGAUUCGUACGAGUCAAAGAAGGAUAAAAUCCAGAUUGUCAAAAUCGACGGCGAUCGGAACCGCAAGGCAGCCAAGAAGUACGGAAUCGAAGGCUUCCCGACUUUCAAGUUCUUCGACGGCAAGGGCAGUGAUCCUAUUAACUAUGAGAAAGGCCGCAGUCUCGAGCAAUUCCAGGAUUUCAUCAGUGAAAACACCGGAAUGAAGAGCCCUAAGCCCAAGGCUCCGCCUUCCGCCGUUACGAUGCUGGAUGACAGAAAUUUCAAGAAACUCGCUCUUGACCCCAACAAGGAUGUUCUCGUCGCUUUCACCGCAUCCUGGUGCGGUCACUGCAAGGCAAUGGCUCCUGCCUACGAGCAGGCUGCAGGUGUUUUUGCUGGCGAUAAGGAUGUCAUCAUCGCUAAGGUUGAUUGCACUGCACCGGAAGCUCGCUCGAUUUCUGAGGAGUUUGAGAUCAAGGGUUACCCAACUAUCAAAUUCUUUCCGAAGGGAUCUGACUCUCCUGUUGACUAUCAGUUUGGUCGUUCUCUGGAAGACUUUGUCAGCUUUGUCAACAGCCAUGCCGGUACUCACCGCACUUUGGACGGUAGCCUCGACGACACCAUCGGUCUCCUUGAGGAGUUCGAUAGCGUGAUUGCCUUGCUGAAGGACGAUGCGACUAAGGCUAUUGAGAAGGCUAAGGAGGUCGCCAACUCUUCUUCUAUCCCGUAUGCGGCUUACUACGGCAAGGUCGUCGAGAAGGUCGCCAACCAGGGCGAGCAGUAUCUCGAGAAGGAGAUCACUCGCCUCGAGAACAUUCUCAAGAAGGGAACUAUGAACCGUGGAAACACCGACCAGUUCCAGAUUAGAAAAAAUAUUCUGGCGGACGUUUUGGAGAAGUACAAGUCUCCUGCUGGCUCACAUAUUCAGGAUGAACUGUGAUCGCUUUCACUAGCGUUUUUCGGCAGAGUUCAGUUGUUCUUUGCAAACCAAGAUGCUUAAAUGAGAAACUUCUGUGAUAUGAUUACUAAAUGAAACUUGAACAUA